AUGGAUAUCCUUCAACUAUUGGAAAACGCAAUCUUGAGUCCUGAUCCAACUCAAAGGACUCAGGCUGAAAUUGAGUUGAAUGAGGCUGCCAAUAACCACUUUCAAGAGUACAUCUCGCUAUUAAUCGAAGCCUUGAAUAACGAAGAUGCUAAAACGGAGGUGAGAAUGUUGGCCGGUAUAGGACUCAAGAAUCAAUUGGUUUCCAAGGAUCAACGAACUAGGUUAGCGCAACAAGAUCGUUGGUUGAAGCUAGACCCCGAAUUGAAAAAGAAGAUUAAAGAUAAUGCUAUUCAAGGGUUGAAAAUCUCCAAUCAAAAAGUAGCUAGCACCGCGGCUCAAUUGGUGGCUGCCAUUGCUGAUAUCGAGUUGCCAAGGGGAGAAUGGCCCGAAUUGAUACCACUUAUUAUCGAAAACACCAAGAUGGAAAACCCAGAACACGUUAAACGUGCGUCUCAAUUGGCAAUUGGGUACAUUUGUGAGAGUGCUGAUCCAACAAAUGCAAAUAUUUUAUCUCAAGCUUCAGGAAUUUUGAUUGCCAUCAUACAAGGUGUACAAAGUAAUGAACCAUCGAAUUUGGUGAGAAUAACUGCAUUGAAUGCUCUUGUCAACUCCUUGGAGUUUAUCAAGUACAAUUUUGAAACCGAGGGAGAGAGAAACUAUAUAAUGCAAGUUGUUUGUGAAGCUACGCAAGCCGAUGAUUCAGAAUUACAAGCCAGUGCAUUUGGUUGUCUCGCGAGAAUCAUGUCAUUGUAUUACAAAUUCAUGGCCCUUUAUAUGGAAAAGGCGUUGUACGGUUUAACUGUUUCCGGAAUGCAAAGCUCAGAUGAAAAAGUUUCAUGUAUGGCUGUGGAGUUUUGGUCAACUGUUUGUGAAGAAGAGUUGGAAAUUGCAUUACAAAGACUGGAGUUGGGAUUGGAUCCAUUGCAAGAUGCAGGUAAUCCUGAUUUAGUGUCGUACAAUUUUGCCUUGAUUGCAUCUAGUGAAGUUUUGCCUACUUUAUUGACAUUACUCACUAGACAAAAUGAAGACCCUGAGGAUGAUGAUUGGUCAGUGGCAAUGGCUGCUGGUGCUUGCUUACAAUUGUAUGCUCAAAACAUUGGCAACUAUGUCGUAGAGCCAACCAUCCACUUUGUUAGUUCUAAUAUCACCAAUACCGACAAUUGGAGAUCAAGAGAAGCAGCAGUAAUGGCUUUUGGAUCUAUUUUGGAUGGUCCAGAUCACGACCAGCUUAAAAAUAUCAUUAGCCAAGCAUUAACACCUAUUCUUGGAUUGAUUAGUGACGCAAGUUUACAAGUUAAAGAAACAGUAGCGUGGUGUCUUGGUCGUAUUGCUGAUAUGGUUGUUGACGCAAUCAAUGUUCAAACGCAAUUACCUCAAUUGUUGGAGGCCUUGGUCAAGGGUUUACAAGAUCAUCCAAAAGUGUCAACCAACUGUUGCUGGACUUUGAUGAAUUUGAUUGAGCAAUUGUGUUCGGAUACCAAUGCUGAAACAAAUAUCAUGUCACCAUUUUAUCCAACUAUUAUCCCAGUGUUGAUGCAACUUUCCGGCAAGGGUGAUAAUGAGUAUAGCUCUCGUGCAUCAGCUUACGAAGCAUUAUCGACAUUUGUCACUUAUAGUGCCAAAGACACCAUGGGGGUUGUUCACAACAUUGCCACAGAAGUCUUGUCAAGAUUGGAAUCAACAAUUGAAUUGCAAUCGCAAGUGUCAACCACGGAAGAUAGAGGUAAUUUGGAAGAGUUGCAAACCAAUAUCCUUGCAUUGUUGACCACUAUAAUUAGAAAGUUGGACUCGGAAGUGAUAAAUGCCGCUGACAAUUUGAUGGAACGAUUCAUUAAGUUGCUCAAUGCUCAAGAGUCCAAUUCGCUUAUCGAAGAGGAUAUUUUCAUUGCCAUUUCAGCAUUGUCAGGUGCUACACGCGAAAAUUUCCUAAAAUACAUGCCAGCGUUUGUACCAUACUUGACUCGAGCAUUGGAAAAUGUUGACUCACCCACAGCAUUCACCGCUAUAGGUUUAGUAGGUGAUUUAGCUCAGAGUCUUGGAAUGCAAAUUGGUGAAUACUUGAAUGGGUUAAUGUCCAUUCUUGGAAACACAUUGAGUAAUCCAGACGUUAAGCGCGAACUCAGGCCAGCAAUAGUGUCAGCAUUUGGUGAUGUCGCGGCUGCUAUUGGCUCUAAUUUUGAGCCAUAUCUCGAGUACGUGAUGAAUAUAUGUACUGAGGCGGCAUCGAUUGAACCCCAGGAUGGAUCAUUGGAGACUAUUGAUUACGUGUUUACCGUAAGAGAAUCAGUUCUAGAUUGUUUUGUUGGUAUCACUGCAGGCUUCUCUGACCAGCCAGAGAAAUUGUACCCAGUUGUUGGCGGUAUAUUACAAUACAUACAAAAGGUUGCGCUGGACCCUCAUAUGGCCUCAACUGAAUCAGUAGCUAGAUCUGCUACUGGUUUGUUGGGCGAUAUUGCUGCCAUGUAUCCUCAGGGCCAGUUCAAGCCAUACUUUGAGGCCGAAUGGGUGACUGAAUUUAUCAAAAAGACGAGAUCUAAUCCAUUAUUUGAUGAAAAGACUAAAGAUGCGGCAAGAUGGGCUAGAGAGCAACAAAAGAGACAGCUACUGAUCCCAGCAGCAAUGGGCUAA